GCGAGGAACUCCAGAGGGGUGUGGGAGAGCGGUGAGGAGCAGCUGAAAGUUUGCCAAAGCGCUCCGAGGGGCUGGUCUAGGGGACGUGAUUGGCAGCUACAAGAGAGCUGGGGCUGGAAGCCGAGGAGAAGGCUAAGGCUUUCGGGCGGAGAGAGGUCCUGCCCAGCUGUUGGCGAGGAGUUUCCUGUUUCCCCCCGCAGCGCCCGGUUGAAGUUGAGUGAGUCACUCGCGCGCACCGACCGACGACACCCCCGCGCGCGCACUCGCUCGGGGCAGGAGCCGGCCUCCUGCGCAGCUCCCCUCGGCCGCCGGGGGCCUCGCCGCGCCUCGCUGGCCUCCAGGACCCUUCCUAGCUGGCUAGCGGGCGCCACAUCUGGCCCGCACAUCUGCCCGGCCGACCGGGCGCGGGGUCCGGAGAGGGCGCGGCUCCGAGGCGCAGCCCAGGGUCGGGGAAGGAGCGGCCGCUGCGCUCGGGGAUCGGUCUAUGACGAGCAGCGGGGUCUGCCAUGGGUCGGGGGCUGCUCAGGGGCCUGUGGCCGCUGCACAUCGUCCUGUGGACACGCAUAGCCAGCACUAUCCCACCGCACGUUCAGAAGUCGGAUGUGGAAAUGGAGGCCCAGAAAGAUGAAAUCAUCUGCCCAAGCUGUAAUAGGACUGUUCAUCCACUGAGACAUGUUAAUAAUGACAUGAUGGUCACUGACAACAAUGGCGCAGUGAAGCUUCCACAACUGUGUAAAUUCUGUGAUGUGCGAUUUUCCACCUGUGACAACCAGAAGUCCUGCCUGAGCAACUGCAGCAUCACAUCCAUCUGUGAGAAGCCACAGGAAGUCUGCGUGGCAGUAUGGAGAAAGAAUGAUGAGAACAUAACGCUAGAGACAGUUUGCCAUGACCCCAAACUCCCCUACCAUGAAUUCAUCCUGGAAGAUGCUGCUUCUACAAAGUGCAUUAUGAAGGAAAAAAAGAAGUCUGGCGAGACUUUCUUCAUGUGCUCCUGCAGUGCUGAUGAGUGCAAUGACAACAUCAUCUUCUCAGAAGACUACAACAACAGCAAUCCUGACUUGUUACAAGUCAUAUUCCAAGUGACAGGUGUGAGCCUUCUGCCACCGCUGGCAAUCGCCGUAGCUGUCAUCAUCAUCUUCUACUGCUACCGCGUUAACCGGCAGCAGAAGCUGAGUCCUUCCUGGGAAAGCACCAAGCCACAGAAACUCAUGGACUUCAGCGACAACUGUGCCAUCAUUCUGGAAGAUGACCGCUCUGACAUCAGCUCCACGUGCGCCAACAACAUCAACCACAACACGGAGCUGCUGCCCAUCGAGCUGGACACCCUGGUGGGGAAAGGUCGCUUCGCCGAGGUCUACAAAGCCAAGCUGAAGCAGAACACUUCCGAGCAGUUCGAGACGGUGGCAGUCAAGAUCUUCCCCUAUGAGGAGUACGCCUCCUGGAAGACGGAGAAGGACAUCUUCUCAGACAUCAACCUGAAGCAUGAGAACAUCCUCCAGUUCCUGACGGCUGAGGAGAGGAAGACAGAGCUGGGGAAACAGUACUGGCUGAUCACCGCCUUCCAUGCCAAGGGCAACCUACAGGAGUACCUCAUGCGGCACGUGGUCAGCUGGGAGGACCUGCGAAAGCUCGGCAGCUCCCUGGCCCGGGGCAUCGCUCACCUCCACAGUGACCACACCCCGUGCGGGCGGCCCAAGAUGCCCAUCGUGCACAGGGACCUCAAGAGCUCCAACAUCCUUGUGAAAAAUGACCUGACCUGCUGUCUCUGUGACUUUGGCCUUUCCCUGCGUCUGGACCCUACUCUGUCCGUGGAUGACCUGGCUAACAGUGGGCAGGUGGGAACUGCAAGAUACAUGGCUCCAGAAGUCCUAGAGUCCAGAAUGAAUUUGGAGAAUGUUGAGUCCUUCAAGCAGACCGAUGUGUACUCCAUGGCUCUGGUGCUCUGGGAAAUGACAUCUCGCUGUAACGCAGUGGGAGAAGUGAAAGAUUAUGAGCCUCCCUUCGGUUCCAAGGUGAGGGAGCAUCCCUGUGUGGAGAGCAUGAAGGACAAUGUGUUGAGAGACCGAGGACGACCAGAAAUUCCCAGCUUCUGGCUCAACCACCAGGGCAUCCAGAUGGUGUGCGAGACAUUGACCGAGUGCUGGGACCACGACCCCGAGGCCCGUCUCACAGCCCAGUGUGUGGCAGAACGCUUCAGCGAGCUGGAGCACCUGGACAGGCUCUCUGGGAGGAGCUGCUCGGAGGAGAAGAUUCCCGAAGACGGCUCCCUGAACACUACCAAAUAGCUCUUUUGGGGCAGGCUGGGCCAAGCCUAAAGAAGCCACCCCUCUCGCCAAAGAACACAGGGAAGCAGGAAGCCGCCCCUGAACUGAUGCUUCCUGGAAACCAAGGCGGUCACUCCCCUCCCUGCAAGCUGCGGGGAUGAACAGAAACAGCGGCAGGGAGUGGGUGACAUAAAGCAUUCUAUGCCUUUGACAUUGUCAUAGGAUAAGCUGUGUUAGCACUUCCUCAGGAAAUGAGAUUGAUUUUUACAAUAGCCAAUAACAUUUUUGCACUUUAUUAAUGCCUGUAUAUAAAUAUGGAAUAGCUAUGUUUUAUAUAUAUAUAUAUCUAUAUAUGUCUAUAUCUAUAGCCAUACUCUGAAAAGAGGCAAGGAAAAAGAUCGAAUAUUCCCAGGAAAUUGGUUUUAUUGGAGAGCUCCAGAACCAAGCAGAGAAGGAAGGGACCCGUGACAGCAUUAGCACUUGACAAUCACAUACAUGAAGGUUCUCUGACUAGAUGACGGGGAACUUUGAAUUAGGAGACAGCCCCAAUGAGUCUCAGAACCUGCUACGGCCACAUUGCACUUGCUUCUGCACAAUAAUCAUUCCCUGCACUGGGGUUCUUCUCUGGCCAUGGAGUUAAAUAUAGUGGCACUAUUUGGGAACAAGUGUUCCUGAGCUUCCUGUAUGCCAUUGUUUUCCUGGACUUUUUUACUUGAGCUCCAAGCCCCACGUCUAAUUUGUGAACCACUUUUUUUCAUCCUAGUUCAGAAACACUGCCCAUCUCUAGUAGCAUAAGGCUUCAAGCCCCAUAUUGUAUUUUUAUAGGCUGCAGAAAAAUGAGGCGGCCAAAUGUCCUCACUCAUGAAAUUGCCAUACCAUUUACUAAUGCGAGAUUUUCUUUUCUCCAUCUUCCCUCUAUGCCUAUAUUACUAUCCUUCUCUUCCAGCCUUCAUCCUUUCCUAAAAGUCAACAAACCCCUGCUCCAAAGUUCAUUGGGAUUAACUUUUUUUAACAGUUGAUGUGAGUCUCUAGCUUUUUAUGCAAAGGUUCCAUCUUUUGGUGCUCCUGAAUGCUCCUUUUUGGCCUAGUGCAAAGGAUUUGAACUACACAAUACUGCCAUAAUCCUUAGCACUCUGAACGUGUGUUUUACUCGGCCAGCAGUGUUUUAAAAAAUUAUGCCAAUUUUUUAAGAUUUGGAGAUGUUGCAGAAAAAUCUGGAUCCCCAGGUAAGGAUAGCAGAAGGUUUCCAGUUCUCUCCAGUCCGCAUAUUCACAAAACUGAAGUAUGGACACACUUAUAAAGCUGCUUAACAUUGGCCCUUUCCGCUGCUCCUCCCCCUCCCCUCCACCCUAGUCUGGGGAGUAGAACUGCCCCUGACCAAGGUCUCCGUAAGAAAUGUACAUUCAAGCAGUCAAUUCUCUGGCUACAUAGUAUGCUUUUGACUACUUGUCUGGUAUUAAGAUUUGAAGUUGGCCUUUCAUUGGACUAAAAGGGACCUCCUUUAAGGGGUCCCAGUUAACUCUGGCCUCUUUUGCUCAUAUGUUAAUAGUUUUCCCCUCUGCAGUAGGGAGGGAAGCUCUUUACUCCAAGAAGCUUUUCCCGUGAUGACCAGUCUCUUCAUCACACCACCCUUCCCAACCUUUGCAGAAACUGGGAGCGAGGACUUGAAUGGGGGACAUAGGAGUCCCAUUUGCAGUAAAGAAAUCUGUGUCCUCAUGGACCAGAACAAAGAAUGAGCUUUAAUACUUCAUAGGAAACUUGUUAGUCUACAACAAGUGUUAAUGCUGCAAGUAAUCUGUUUUAAAAAAAAAAAAAGUUUGAAGCUACUUGUUUUCAGCCCAAUAGGAAUAUUAGGGACUGGCAGUGCUCUGUUUGGAUUUUGGAAGGUCUCGUGUCAUUGAAGUUUUAGGAUCCAUAGAGAAUUUGGGGGUUAGCUGGAACCUUGAGGCCCUACUCCGUGUUGGUGGGCUGGGAGUUAAUGACUAUUUGACUGCCAUGCCAUGGAAGCACCUAGAAAUUGCUCUCACACCUUAGGGCGCACCAUGCCAUCCCAAUAGCUGUUGCUCAUUGACCUCUAGUGGUGAAUUUCUAGAAUACUGAUCCUAUAAUGGACUCUUCCAAGAUUCCAAACAGCACCAUCCCUUCUGGGUUAUCAGCAGCAUAAACUGGAAUGUAGUGUCAGACGAUACUGUGGCUUAUUUUUUUUUUUUUCUUACUAAAUAAAAAAGACCAAGGAAUAACAUUCUGUAGUUCCUAAACAUACUGACUUUUUCUCACUACUAUACUUAAAGGGAAAGUUUUAUUCUUCUAUGGAACACUUCAGCCGUACUCAUGUAAUAGGAAUGUGAAUGCUAUAUACUCUUUUUAUAUCAAAGAUCUCAAGCACUUAUUUUCAUUCUAUGCAUUGUUUGUCUUUUAUAUAAAUAAAAUGUUUAUUAGAUUCAAUAAAGCAAAAAUAUUCAGGUGAGC